AUGGCAGAGGAAAAUUCUCUAAUUUGUGAAAGACAUGCCUCUAAGCUACAAGUUCUCGGGGCAUUAUUUGCAAAUCAAAAUUUCCAAAAUAAAUUAGAGGAACAUUUGCAAGCUAUUAAACACUCAAAGCAAAGAAAUUCCGAAAUGCAGAAUCGAAUCAGUGAGCUUUGUCAACAAGACGAAAAAACAUUAUACCUUCCAACUCCAGAAAAGAAACAAGAAAACCAUUUUGGUCCUCCGUUUUUCGUUGAUAGAAAUGGCUCAAUUCCACUAGACAACGAAGACACAAUAAAGAACCUAAAAAAUCCGCCACCGUUUCCUAAAUCACGUCGAUGGUCACACGCUGAACGCAAUACGCUGAGAACAGCAAUCAAAGAACGUAAUAUGAGAUUAAUAGCGGAAAAAAAUAUGGCAGAAGGUCGUCCUUUCGAUCUUGUCACUAAAUAUAAAGAUUCAAUCAUACUAAGAGAAUCAAAGGAUCUAGCUGAUGACUUUCCCGAAUUAGCAAAAAAAUACUUACCAAAUCGAACUCCCGCCGAAUGCUUCAUUCAGUGGAUCAAUAACGACCAUCCGCUCAUAAAUAAAGAAUCUUGGUCACAAGAAGAAUCGAAAAAGUUACGAAUGUUAGUAAAGGGACAAAAAUCUGUCAAUUGGCAGCAGAUUGCUCUCGAACUCGGGGAUACAAGAAACGCCAUCUCGUGUUUCAAAGAAUGGAAGAGACAAAGCAUUCCUCGACGAAAAUGGGCAAAAGAGGAAGAUCAAAAGCUUAUUCGAGCUGUGAGUAUGUACGGUGAAGGUAAUUGGCAACAAGUGGCACAUUGUUUCGAUAAUCGUACGGGACAACAGUGUCUUCAUCGAUGGACGAAAACCUUGAGUCCUAUUCGGAAAACCGGACGAUGGAGUGCAAAAGAAGAUGAGCUUCUCAAACAAGCAGUCUUGCUCCAUGGACCUAAAAAUUGGGUAAAGCUGCAACAAUAUGUACCAGGACGCACCGAUGUCCAAUGCAGGGAACGGUGGAAAAAUGUACUAGAUAGUUCUAUAAAAAAGGAUAAAUGGCAUCCAGAGGAAGACGAAAAACUUUCGCAAUUUGUAAACGAGUUUGGCAAAAACCAGUGGUCCAGAAUUUCAAAGGAACUGAAUAAUGGGAGAACUGAUAAUCAGUGUCGGCGAAGAUAUCUGCAAUUGAAUAAAAAAACGGUCGAAACAAAGAAAUGA